AUGGCCGCCUCCGGCAAGCGUUCCUUGGCCGCCGUCGCUCUCGCGGCGAUCGCCUCCUGCGCGGCCGCGCAGACGCCAGGAGGCCCGCCGGGAUCGCACAACAACUCGAUGAGCUUCUCCGACGUCAUGGCCAUCUUGUUCUUCAUGGCCUUCUUCUUCCCCGUCUUCGUCGUCCUCCUCGCGUUCGCCUGCCUCCGCCUGUUCCGGCCGCCGGACGAGCCCCCGGCCGGCGACGACUCGUCGUCGGAGGGGUCGCUCCACAAGGAGGGCCUGAACGCCGCGGAGAUCGCGGCGCUGCCGCUGGUGUCCUAUCGCGACGUCAAGCAGCACCGGAUCGGCGCCAGCGGGGUCGACCCGCUGGAGUGCGCCGUCUGCCUCCUGGAGUUCGGCGACGACGACUGCCUCCGCCUCCUGCCGGCGUGCCCGCACGCGUUCCACCCGGAGUGCAUCGGCCUCUGGCUCGCGAAGCACGUCACGUGCCCGCUCUGCCGCGCCAGCGUCCUCGACCCCGAGGAGCUGAUGCAGCCUCCCUCGCCGGAGGAGACGCCGGCACCGCACGAAUCGCUGCGCCGGCUCGCGGAUCACGAUCACGACACGGUGGUGGUGCUAAUCGAAGACCCCGGCUGCAACGAGGAGGAGGACGAGAGGACAAGGGUCCUUGCGAGGAGGAUGCGGUGCGAGGCCGCCGGGCGGCAGGCGCUGCCGCGGUCGAACUCGACGGGGCACGAGCGCGCCGGCGGGACGGAGCACUUCGCGCUGCGGCUGCCGGAGCACGUCCGUCUCGAGAUCCUGAUGUCGCACAGGCUGAGGCACGUGACGAGCGCGGUCGCGUCCGUGCGCGUGAGGGAAGGGAGCGCCCAUGACCCAAGCGCCGGCGGGAAUUCGGUGCGGAGCGCCGUGGCGAGGCUGCUCUCCCUUUUCGCGCCCGGGGAUGGGCGGAGGGGAGACGACGAGGAGAAGUCCGGGGGCUCGUCUCGCCGGCGGCGCGAUGACUCUGCCCGGGGAGCAGGAGAAGACAAGCUGAGAAACGAUUGA